UUACAUAUUUCUGAAAAUUUUCUAAUUUUGCAGGUUUUCAUGCAUAAAAUGCAUUUGUAUAAGUUCUAUGUUUGAAACCGUUUGUGGAAAACAAAAUGGUGUAUUACAAAUGCUGCCAUGGAUUUUUAGAAAUUUGAGCUGCGGCCGAGGAAAUUUGACCUAGAGUAGGAUAUUAUAUAUGAGCCGUGCCAUGACAAAACCAACAUAGUCAGGAUCCAUGCUGUUCGCUUUUAAAGCCUACUGCAAUUAGAGAAACCAUUAGCGAACAGCAUGGAUUCUGACCUGACUGCGCGGAUUGGUUUUCCAAUGGCAUGGCUCAUAUAUAUUUCUAUUCUUGUUUACAUUAAAUUGCUCUUUUGGAUACUUGAAUUUACACAGUACACACAGUCUGAAUAGAGAAAUAUGUGUAAUCAUAAUCUGUGCAAGAAAAAUCAGUUCAAGGACUUGAAAAUUGAACAGUUCAGGCCUGAAAUUGGCAUAUUUUAAUUGAUUUUGAAGGAAAACAGGCAGAUUUUCACACACUACUUAAAUAUUGGUUUCCUUAAAUGCUUAAUUGAGCAUAAAUCAUCAUAUUUGAGGUCCUGAAUUGUAUGUUUACUUAUUCUUUUGGAUUUCUUAUAUUUUCAGUACCCAAAAACCUGAAAUGAGAGCGUUUGGACAAUGUGAAGUUUGUCGCAUAGACUGGGAUUGACUGCCUUUGUAUAUAUAAGUCUACAACUUCUCAGAUUUGACCGAAGACAAUUGUUUGGUAUUCUGAAUGGAUGUGGUUUGGCCGUAGGCUUUCCAAUCACACAGAAGAUACUGGUUCUAUCACAAGAAGGGUCACAUCAAUUGAUAUUAGUCACUGGAAAAAUUUGGAGAACCAGUUGUAGAUUCUCCGGUUGAAUUUAUUAAGAGAAAUAUAUGAGGUAGGGCUCUGCAGUUUUCCAUAAACACAACAAGAAGUUUACAUUUGUUGCACAGAGUUGAAGGAAUUGUUAUAGGAAAAAUGUACAGAAUGUAAGGAUAUGAUAGCCAAACGUCUUCCCCAGGAUUCGAUGCAGCAACCUUCUGAUAGAAAGAUGUACCUGUCGUGCAAAGGUAUAAGCUGGCUUGGUAACAGGAAAAAGAAAAGGAAAACGGCCCCAGAAAAGACAAGCUACAGCAGAUACAAGUUGCUAAGGACAAGAAUGUCUGUCAUUCAUGGAAACAUCAGAGUUCAGCAGGUUUUUGAAACAGGUUCUGACGUAAAAAGGCGAAAUCACAAAAAAAAAAUUCUGGGCCUUCACCUGGACACAGUCGCACAACUUCAGCCGAUACAACUAGUACAUCAAAGUCACAGUCCACUUCAGGCGGAACUAACCGAUCUUUCUGGGAAACAUCAGACUCUGGAGCGCCCUCUAUUAGUUCGUCUGCGUUCCUGAAAAGCUGGUGAUACAGCGCCACCUGGAAGAAUGAGACAAACGUCACAGUCUAACCUCGGGGAAAUCAACCACAAACUUAACCAUUUAAAUCUCUUUGGACUUUGUUGGAAAGGAAUCUGACCCUGAUAGUACCUUUGAACUUGACAGUGAGGAAGAAAGUUACGACGAAGAUGAUGAUGAUAUAUCAGAUGUUGAUGAUUUUGAGCUUGACUUAUCUAUGAUGGCUAAUAAUCUAACUCUGGAUGAAAUGGAGGACAUCCCUGUCCAAGGUGCCUUUGAGAAGAGAUACUAUUAUUGAUGAAGAUAGGAGGAAGAGGAGAUGGAAGAGGAAGGCCUUGAAUCAACAGAAGGAAGAGACUUGGUGACAGAAAGAAAAGCAGUGGUCUUUGAGGGCAAUAUGAGAGAACUCGCAAUGAUGAAACCAGUCACCACAUGUACCGUCAAAGGGUGUAGUCAGCCAGUCUCGUUGAAUACUAAAUAUUCUGGCACUGCUAUUUAUUUGAAAUGGAUACGUGGAAAGGGCGACAUGUUAAAGAAGUGGUGCUCCCAACCAAAAGUGAAAGGUAGGCUGUCAGGUGAUUUCCUUCUGGCGGCUGCCAUCUUGACAAGUGGCAACAACUACGAGAAAGUGAAAUUACUGUUUAGAUUUUUAACUUUCUUCCAUAUACAAGGAAAGCACUGCAUACCAAUAAUAACAGACUACUUUCAAGACAUGCAAAAACAGGGAAAAGGUGAUUGGAAAACAGUUACAAUUGCAGGAGAUGGUAGAAAUGACAGUCCUGGUCAUAGAGCCGGUAUUGAGAUUGGAGAAGUUGUAACAGAUGCAAGCACCACUAUAGCUGCCAUGAUCAGUGAGUUUUGUGUGUCUCAGUGCACUUGGAUUCAGCACCUUAUCAACCAUUUCUGGUACUGUUGUAGACUAGCAAAUGGAAGUGAAUCUACCCUCCUUGCAUCCUGGAGAGGUAUUUUGCAUCACACAGUGGGCGUCCAUGAAUGGGGUCUUGGAGAUGGUGCAGCUGAGGCAAGGUGUUAUCAUGGAACCCUAGAAGAAACUGAGGAAACAAAAUGGCUUGAACCAGGUGGAGAUGCUCAUAAAGCACUGACUCGUGUAAUUCUGGACACAAAACUGCUUCAUUCCUUGCGACAUUAUGUCAACUUUAGAAACGCAAGUAAGUGCAUUUUACAAAGAAGUGUCGAUAAUUCUAACAUGACAAAUCAAAACUUAGCAUGCAAAGUAUCUGACAUGAGUUCUUACAUUGUUUUGUCUAAGUACUUAUCAUAUAACAAUAAAGAAAAUUAUGUUAGAAUAAGAAUUGUUCACCUUUUUUUCAUACACACUGGUGAACUAGAAACAUUUCAUGAGGCAAUCCUUAUGUACUGUGCCAAGCGAUAUGCAUACACGUACCCGAUAUACAAAGCCAGAAACAUGCUCGCUGCGUUAGACUAUCAACAUCAAAAAGACAGACCUCUGCUGAAAACCAAAACAGGAGAGCCACCAUUGCAUCGCACAUGGAGCAAGCGGUCUUCAACGUGGUCGACAUACCAGGAGAGAGAACCCAAACAAUAUCAGUACAUACCCGAAAUGAUGAUAGGUAUGAUUGAAGACUUUAAAAGUAGCGAUACACCGUUAACAGCACCAUCAAAAAUGUCACCAUCUGACCCAAGAAAAUUAAAAAGAACAUUGGCGCCAGAGUCGCCACCACCAACAAAAUUUCUUUUUUCGGAAAAGAAAUCCCGCUACAUCUAUCUAUUUUUAGAUAGGAAAGAUACAGCUUGAAGUCCCUGAAAGAUCUGUGUAUUAUGCGUACUGUUCAAACACUCAAAGUGCCAGUAAUUUGGAAAAAACAUUGACAGUUCCAUCACGUUCGAGCGAAAAUUUGACUAUAAUAAGGAAAGGAACAAUCGGCAAGAGUGUUUUACUGUUUGACAUGAAGUUUGACUGUACUUAGGAAGUUACCGUAGGCUAAAGAGCGUUAUACUGUUUGACAUUGACUAUACAUAAUAUUUACCAUGUAGAUGAAAAAUGUACAUUAUGCUAUCUGCAUUGGCAUGUUUUUUUCUAAUCAUUAAUAAAACAGGUGCUUUCAAAUUCAAAUAAGUGUUAUCCUGGAUUUAUGAUCAGUAACUGUAGUAACCAAGUGAUUAAUCCAUCAGUGUUUCUGUUAUGCACCAUUGUGUUACUGAUAAAUUAUUGCUUUUAUACACACUAAUGAUUUUACUGUAAGACAAUUUAGGUAGAAAAUGCAGUAGUCAGCAGAUGGCCCUUAUUUUUUGUCAAACUUGAUUGGGGAAAGCGAGGACAUUUGUCCAGAUGAUUGUUCGGAGUAUCUACAUCUCCUCAGUCAAUAUCAAAUGCAUACUUUUUAGGUGCUCCAUGUUAUACACCCAAAUUUAAAAGUGCAUGUUUAUAUAUUCUGUCUUCAGCACUUCAGGAGUUACAUAUCACUACCCAGUUGUAGGUAAAACUACUAUCAGGUAGCUAAUGUAC